UAGUACGUCUAGCCAAGAGCACCUGAACCAUUCUUCCAAGUCAGUCACCCCUGCUUCCACACUGACCAAAAGCGGCCCUGGCCGUUGGAAAACCCCAGCAGCGGUGCCACCCACACCAGUGGCCGUCUCUCAGCCCAUUCGAACAGACCUGCCUCCACCACCCCCUCCACCCCCUGUGCACUACCCCAGCGAUUUUGACGGGAUUUCUAUGGACUUGCCUCUCCCGCCCCCUCCCACCAGCCAGGUGGGACCACAGUCUGCUCAGGUGGCUGCUGCAGAACGGAAGAAGCGAGAAGAGCACCAGCGGUGGUAUGAGAAGGAGAAGGCCCGCCUGGAGGAGGAGCGCGAGCGGAAGCGCAGGGAGCAGGAGAGGAAGCUGGGGCAGAUGCGCACCCAGUCCCUGAACCCUCCUCCUUUCUCCCCCCUGGCCACACAACAGCUGAAGCCAGAAAAGCCUUCCACACUCCAGAGGCCUCAGGAAACAGUGAUUCGGGAGCUGCAGCCCCAGCAGCAGCCCCGCACGAUCGAGCGCAGAGACUUGCAGUAUAUCACAAUCAGCAAAGAGGAGCUGUCCUCAGGGGACAGCCUGUCCCCUGACCCAUGGAAGCGAGAUGCCAGGGAGAAGCUGGAGAAGCAGCAGCAGAGGCACAUUGUGGACAUGCUGAGUAGGGAGAUCCAUGAGCUCCAGAGCAAGGCAGACCGCAGCGCGGAGGAGAGCGACCGUCUGCGGAAGCUCAUGCUGGAGUGGCAGUUCCAGAAGAGGCUCCAGGAGGCUACGCAGAAGGAUGAGGACGAUGAGGAAGAGGAAGACGACGACGUGGACACCAUGCUGAUCAUGCAGCGCCUGGAGGCUGAGCGAAGAGCCAGGCAGACUGCUAUGCCAGCAAUCUCUGUUCUAGAUUUGGAUGAGGAACGCAGGCGCCAGCAGCAAUUGGAAGAGAUACGUAAGCGAGAAGCAGAAGAUCGAUCAAGACAAGAGGAAGAGCGUCGUCGCCAAGAAGAGGAGCGAGUAAAACGAGAUGCUGAAGAAAAGGUCAUGGUCCUCUAAGGGCAGCUAGAGUUUUACCAAAUUAGCCUGAACAGAAUUGAUUGGCUGGGCAGAGGGGCUAGAAAUCGUGUGUGUCUGGGACACCCAAGACAGAUGGGACUGGGUCUUCCAGCUUCUGUUUUUGGACCAAAAACUCUAGCCCCAUCUGGCUGCCUGCCUCUCUUCUGGACUGUCUCCAGGCUCCCUUGCCUUCUGAGCUGCUCUCCCUCAAACUCCUGAGCACCCAGGGCUGCACAGCAGUGCACCCCUCGGUAAAGAGUCUGAUUGUGUAUUCCUCUGGACAGGGCCCAGCUUGCUUUUGUCAAGGUGAUUGAUGCUUGUUCAGCACUGUUUGAAUUGAGUGUGAACCAGGGGAGGCACUAGGACAUGCAAGACAGUCUGUUAACUUUAACUUUUCAAAUAGACUAUUUACUCAAACAGUACUAAUUUUGGUUGAUGACAAAGAGAGUAGAUGGCUCAUUAAAAACAUUGUACAAGGAAAAUUUAGUAUGCAAUCUGAUAAAUAUUCUGGUUAUUUACUUCUACAUGUGUUUUUUAUUCAAGUGAUUAUUUAGUUGAAUUUUAAAAUGAAGCUGACUUUGACAUUCUGAGAAACAGGAACUUGGAAAUGUAGUCCUCAGAUCUUUCUGCAUCUGUGUGUUUGCAGCUAAAGUUUUCUGGGGUGGUGAGGAGGUUGCCACCUUGAGACCAGGUGGGCUCUGCCCUGUCCCCGGGGGAUGGUGUGUUGCAGUGCAGCUUGAGUACUUCUUGUUACUUCCCUUCCAUGAAGGUAGAAGCUUUGAGUGUCACAACUUCUCAUGGGGAAAAGUUUAGUUUUUAUUAACAAUUCUUUCCUUGAUAGUGCAGUGAACUAUAUUAAUAAAACUUCCUUCCCCGCUUCCCCGCCCCCCAAAAAUAUUUUAGGAAGUUAGUAGUGGAGUGAUUGAUUGGUCUACAAGUCAAUCUAAGAAUAAGAUUGACAGACAUGCUGUGACUCACUUAAAUGAAAGAGUGGAUGGUGUGAGGGCACACACUGCCUGGAAAUGCAGUGAUUUGGGUGUGUGUUACAGAUCUUUGCCUCCCAUAAAAUGUGUAGUGCUCAUACCUGUUGUACUGAGCAGUUUUGAAAGAAUCAAAACUUGAGCUGACCCAUGAGUCUGUCACCUGUGGAAUGUCAGUCAGAAGGGAUAAUAUUCCCAGGAAACCAGGUUUCCAGAACUUGAGCUGUGUGGUUUCUGGGUUUAUGGUGGUGGUAGUGUUGCUCUGCUGUUCUCUGAAGUCCCCUUGGGCUAUUGGGCGGAUGCCUUUCUCAGGUCAGUGCCUGCCUGGCUGCCCAACCCUGCCUGGUGCUCAUGGUUGUAGUUAAGGCCUGUCCUGGCCUUGCCAGAGCCAUAGCAGAGCAGCCUGGCCCCCCCUCAGAGCUGUGUGCAAGGAGAGAAGAAGCAGGUUAUGUUUUCUGUGCUGAGAAACUCUUGGGUUAGUUUUUCCAACACCUGUUCUCACAACUCAUGAUUAUGUCAAAUACCACUCAUGUUUUAGUAACUACUUCUCUAAUUGAGUGGUCACUGUAAAAAGUAGCUGAAAAACCUAUUUUUAUUACAGAAUAUCCAAAAUUGAUAGGUUUGCUUUGUUGCAGAAAGUGUGCAUUCAUUUUCUUGGUAAAGUUGCCUUGCUCAUGUAAUUGUGUCAGCUCCUGGUGUAAUUGAAAGGGGUUGGUUUCUCCCUCCAGUGUUGUCAAGCCCCUGUUUCUUACGUAGUCCAAGACUUGACAAUGCUCUCUAAAGUCACAGGGGUCAUUCUAGCUUAGUUGCCCGGCAGAAGGGAAUACUGACUUUGGGCAGACAAGAAGACAAAAUUGCUUCUUUAGGACUUCCCAACAUAGAAUCAGAAAUUGGGUCUGGGAUAGUGAUUGGGGCUGGCAUUUACACUUAGCGUUUUCUCCUCAGAAGGUGAAGUGAGGACCAUCAUGUGUUCCCUGUGUGUGGCUCUCGAGAAGAUAGGGAGAGAAUGCAGCAUAAAAGUGAAAAUAGGGGCUAAAACUUACCAUGGUGCCAACAAGGUCCCUGAAGUUCUCUUGGGUUGAAUGACUUAAAAUCCACUGUACUCCCUUGUAGUAUUAUACACUUCCUCCAGU